AUGAUUGCCAAAUGUCAUACAUGUACAGAUAUGAGAAACAAGAAUCCUAAAGAGCCGUUAAAUCCUACGCCAGUACCAGAAGGUCCAUGGCAAGUGCUUGGUUCAGAUUUGUUCACGUUGAACAAUGAGGAUUAUUUGAUCGUUGUGGAUUAUUAUUCCAAGUUUUUUGAAGUAGUCAAUCUUGAGAACACUAGGAGCAAAACUGUGAUCACACUUAUGAAGUCCAUGUUUGCCUGUCAUGGCAUUCCUUAUGAAGUGCGAAGUGAUAAUGGUCCUCAGUAUACUUCCAAGGAAUUCAAAGAUUUCUCCAGAAGUUGGUGUUUCGAACACAAAACGUCGAGUCCAUAUAACCCACAAGGAAAUGGUCUUGCGGAGAAAACCGUUCAAACCGUGAAGAGAAUGUUAGAAAAAGCAAGGAUAGAUGGAAAGGAUCCAUAUAUCAGUUUACUAGAAUACCGGAACACGCCAACAGAUGUUGAAUCUCCGGCAAAACUACUCACGAGCCGACAACUUAGAUCAAUAUUACCAGUAACCAAAAAUCAACUGAAACCAAAAGUAGUGCCAAAUGACAUUACCAGGCAGAAGAGGAAAAUUACCCAGAAUCGUCAGAAAACUUAUUUCGAUGUUGGAAGCCGAAAACUGUCAAGUUUGUCGCCAGGACAAAGAGUUAGAUUCAGACACAGAGGACAGUGGCAACCCGGAUAUGUCAGGGAUCAAGUCCAUACCAGAUCAUACAACGUACAAGAUCAGAAUGGAGAUCAAUUUAGAAGAAAUCGAAGAGACAUCAUACAGUCAAAAGAAACCAGUUUUAAAGAACCUAUUGUUGAACUUGAUGACGAAGACGAAGAGACAGUGAGAGAAAAAGAAACAAGUAAUACAGAAGCUGGAAACCCGGACACUACAGAAGUUGAAGACGCGAGAAGUCCAGACAUUGUUCAGCAAGUGCAACCGUACAAAACGCGUGCAGGCCGAGAAGUGCGUCGUCCGAAAUAUCUUAGUGAAUAUGUGUGA